AUGUGGCGCGACCGCAUUUCAGCCCAGUCAACUCCCUCCGGAGCAAAUAACCGCAACCUAUCUCCUCUACCGCGACGAUCAUCCUCUCAAUUAUCCCCAGGCCCAUAUAAUACCAGACCUCCGACGUCCAGAAGCUCAUCGGCUUCUUUACUAGUCACUCCGAAUGACUCUACAACCUCCUUACCAGGAACUGCAAAAACGAUCAAUGGCUCUCCAUUGAAGCAAACGAGCAUUCAACGACCUCGACCUUCCAAUGUCCCUGAUCCGCUGGAAGUCCUACAUGGGAUUAUCGGAAAGGAAACACAGGUAGAUAAGAAUGUACCGCAGUUCUUGUCGGCGCAGGAGCGACCCGGGCAAUUGGUGGAAACCAUUCACUUUGAUGGGUUGAGUCUCGAGGAAUUUCUUGAGAAGGAGGACCCAACCCCAAGGAGGAAGACCCGCGAAAGCGAUGUGAAUGCACAAACCGUGCAGCAAUUUGAACAAGAACGCGAUAAGUUCCAAGAGCUACACACGUCAAUCACUGGAUGUGAUGAGGUAUCCCAAUCGGUUGAGCUAUACUUGAAUGACUUUCAAAAUGAAUUGGGUGCUGUGUCGGCAGAGAUUGAAACUUUGCAAGCCCGCUCAACACAACUGAAUGCAAUGCUAGCGAAUAGACGCAACGUGGAACGAUUGCUGGGACCCGCGGUAGAGGAAAUCAGCAUCUCCCCAAAGGCCGUGCGCACCAUUGUUGAAGGCCCAAUAGAUGAGAACUGGGUGCGGGCGCUAAACGAGAUCGAUUCUCGAAGCACCAAUAUCGAAGCCAAGGCCGCUGCUUCCGCCAAUGGCUACAAAGCAAUUGAGGAUGUACGGCCACUUCUAGUCGAUGUAAAGGACAAAGCAAUCGAAAGAAUCAGAGACUACCUGGUGUCGCAGAUUCGUGCUAUGCGAUCCCCAAAUAUCAACUCGCAGAUUAUCCAACAACAGCGACUGGUGAAGUACAAAGAUCUAUACAGUUACCUCUUCAAGGCCCACCCAAAGCUGGCCGGAGAAAUUUCACAGGCAUACAUCAACACAAUGCGUUGGUAUUACACCUCUCAUUUCACCCGCUACCUUCAGGCACUCGACAAGGUCAAGGUCUAUCCUCCUGACCGCAACGAGGUCCUCGGAGGAGAUCCAUCCACACAUCGAUCAGGGAACAUGAUUCCUGGCGGCCGAGCCGGCUCUGCUGCGCAUGACCCUUUUUCUCUCGGUCGACGAAUCGAUAUCCUCCGAACUGGCAAUAUUCAGGCCUUAUCUUCAUAUCUGGCCGAAGAAGACAACACCUACCAUGGCAUCGAAGUCCCGUUCCGAAACUUCAAUGUCGCCUUGGUGGACAAUGUGUGCGCCGAGUACUCCUUCUUGACCGAGUUUUUCUCUCCCAAGACAUUCCACGAAAUCUCUCGCAACGCCUUGGAAAUCUUCCAGCAGGUCUUCAGUCUAGGCCAGAACCAGGCCAAGAAGCUAAUUGAGCACACCACUGAUUCCCUCGGAGUCUUGAUGUGUGUGCGUCUCAACCAACAUUCGGCCUUCGAGCUUCAGCGCCGCAAGGUGCCAGUCGCGGACUCGUAUGUCAAUGGAAUCAACAUGCAGCUCUGGCCUCGAUUCCAGGUCAUCAUGGAUCAUCAUGGCGAGUCGCUCAAGCGUGUCGGUUCGAACACUGGGCGCAGCGCUGUCUCCGCCCUUUCGAUUGCUGGGGGAGACGACCUAAAGCAGUCCUCAGCACCACACUUCUUGGCUCAGCGGUUCGGCCAGCUGUUACACGGAAUCCUUGUUCUCAGCAGCGAUGCGGGUGAUGACGAGCCGGUAUCCAACAGUUUGGCCCGGUUGACUGCCGAAUUUGAUUCUCUUCUGAUCAAAUUGAGUCGCAACGGCACGGACGCAAAGCGAAGAGAGCGGUUCCUCUUCAACAAUUAUUCAUUGAUUUUAACCAUAAUUAGUGAUACCCAAGGAAAGUUAGCGAUUGAGCAGAAGGAGCAUUUGGAAGAGAUGCUCAAGAACAGCAGCAAGCGGUAG